CCUGGUGUAGUCUUCGACUGAUCUUCUCUGAUUAUCGUCAUAAUCAAUGGCAAUAUAAUCAAUAGAGAGAGAGAGAGAGAGAGAGAGAGAGAGAGAGGAACAGUUGACUUGAUGAGAAGUUUCGUUUUAUAAAGAGAAGGGUUUUGGAGAAACAAAGAGACAGAGGAGAUAUCAGCAGCGCAGGAGGAGGAGGAGGAGGAGACAUGGGCAGCAUCAACGUCGUCGUCUGCUCUGGUGACGAUAACAAUAAUAAUAAUAAGCCGCCAAGUUCAUCAAUCGCAGGCAACCAUCUCAUUCACAGAAUCGUAUUUCUGUUUUUAGUUGGAGUUUCAGUUUCAUGCCUGGUUUUGUACAAGCAAUCUUCAUUCUUUCAUCUUCCACUCCUUCUCACCAAUUCCUUCUCUUCUUCUUCUUCACUUGCCAUGUCUAAUCACGCCAUCUCUCCCCAGGGGAAUUAUGGUUCAGAAUUGGAGAGAGUUGUAAAAGCAGCAUCAAUGGCAAAUAAAACAGUGAUAAUAACAACUCUAAAUGAAGCAUGGGCAGAGCCAGGAUCUAUAAUUGAUCUAUUCUUGGAGAGUUUUAAAAUUGGAAACAGCACAGAGAAGCUUCUGAAGCAUUUGAUAAUAGUAUCACUUGAUCAGAAGGCACAUACUCGUUGCUUAGCAAUUCAUCCACACUGUUUUGCACUUGAAACUAAAGGACUCAAUUUUUCAAGUGAGGCUUACUUCAUGACCCCAAAUUACCUGGAGAUGAUGUGGAGAAGAAUUCAUUUCUUAGGUACUGUUCUGCAGAUGGGUUACAACUUUGUUUUCACGGAUGCUGAUAUAAUGUGGCUUCGAGAUCCAUUUCCACACUUCUAUGAAGAUGCAGAUUUCCAGAUAGCUUGUGACAAUUAUUAUGGAAACCCAUCUGAUAGAAAUAAUAGUCCAAAUGGUGGAUUCAACUAUGUGAAAUCUAAUGGAGGAACGAUUGAAUUUUACAAGUUUUGGUACUCAUCAAGACAAAAGUUUCCAGGACUUCAUGAUCAAGAUGUGUUGAACAAGAUCAAAUAUGAUCCAUUAAUUGACAAACUUGGAAUGCAAAUGAGGUUUCUGGAUACAGCUUAUUUUGGUGGGUUUUGUGAACCAAGCAAAGAUUUCAACUUGGUUUGCACAAUGCAUGCAAAUUGUUGUUUUGGUUUGGAAACUAAAGUUCAUGAUCUUAAGAUGGUGCUUGAAGAUUGGAGAAGAUACAUGUUGACCCCUCCCAAUUUAAUACCAUUUUCUUCAUUUUCUUGGAGAGCUCCACAAAAAUGCAGGACUUCAUAAAUCUUGCCAAACUGCAAGAGAAUAUUGAGCAAGGCAAUAAGAAUUAUCAGUCUUUCUUUACACAUUUUCAAGCCAAUUGGAUAAAUUCAAUGAUGGUGAGAAAUUUAUGUUUCUUCAAUUUUCAUUAACUCCUAAAAUCAAAGCUCUUGACAAUUUGUAUUGAUUCUUUUUUUUUCUUUUUGUUUUUUUUUAAUUGUUAAUAGAUCUUGCAUAAAGUCUCAUCAGAAUAAUAAUUUGUAUUCAUAAUUUUGUUUGUUUAAUUUAACAAUCUUUUAUGCAUAAAAUUGAUGAAUUUUUCAAUUGUAUAUGUUGACAAAUUUAAAUCACAAAUAGAGAUUUUUAUAUUU